AUGAUAAGUUUACUACCGAUCAUUUUUUCCAUCCUAUUAAUGACAGAAUUUGUUUUGGGAAAUUUGGCUAAUGUCUUCAUAGCACUGGUGAACUGCAUUGAGUGGAUCAAGAGACGAAAGAUCUCCUCAGCUGAUGGAAUUCUCACUGCUCUGGCGCUCUCCAGGAUUGGUUUGCUCUGGGAAAUAGUAAUAAAUUUGUAUGCAACUGUGUUUGGUCCAGCGUUACCCAGUGUAGAAGAAAGAAUUAUUGUUCAUACGAUCUGGACGAUAAGCAACCAUUUUAGCCUCUGGCUUGCCACUAGCCUCAGCAUACUUUAUUUGCUCAAGAUAGCCAAUUUCUCUAGCCUUCUUUUUCUUCACCUGAAGUGGAAAGUUAAAAGAGUAGUUCCCAUGAUACUGUUGGGAACUUUGGUCUUCUUGGUUUUUCAACUUGCCGUGACAAGUAUAAAUAAAAGUAUGCAGAUGAAUAAAUAUGAAGGAAACAUCACUUGGAAGACCAAUUUGCAGGACAUAGUGCAACUUUCAGAUAGGACUGUAUUCACGCUAGCAAACGUCAUACCCUUUACUACGUCCCUGACAUCUUUUGUGUUGUUAAUCUUCUCCCUGUGGAAACAUCUCAAGAAGAUGCAGCUCAGUGGCAAAGUAUCCCGAGAUCCCAGCACCAAGGUCCACAUAAGAGCCAUGCAAACUGUGAUCUCCUUUCUCUUGCUUUUUGCUAUUUACUUUGUGACUCUAAUCUUCUCAGUCUGGAGUUCUACUAUUCUGCAGAACAAAUUACUUCUCAUGCUUUGCCAGGUUCUUGGAGUCCUGUAUCCUUCAGGUCACUCGUUUAUCCUGAUUUGGGGAAAUAAAAAGCUAAGACAGGCUUUUCUGUCAUUUCUGUGGCAGCUGAGGUGCUGGCUGAAAGGAAGGAAAUAA